AUGCCACUCCAGUCGGGGGGGUCGAGAAUCGGAGACCUUGUCCGCAUACGGAAGGCGCCGGACACGGGCGCGUGGCAGGGGCGCCGGGAUCUGCAUCCGGGAUCGGUUGUCGCCUCCGGCAACGUGCGAGAGACGGCGGCGGUCCACGGCCCUCGCGACAAGCAGCGCAGCGCACCGACGCGCCCGCCCACAUCGCUGCCGACGAUCUCCGUUUCUGCACACCACCUCCUCGGCCGGCCAGCCGGAGAAGCCCACAGGAAGCCCCGCCUCGUGCCCAUCACACGAGCCGCACAGCGACUCGCCGCCAUGAGAGCCUCCACCGGUUCGCGCUCCAGUUCGCCUCUUGCCCGGACCGAUCUUGCGGGAUCCAAGCCCCCCCGCGAGAUCCCAAAGCCAAAGGCGAGGCACAGCAAGUGCACGGAGCGUCCUGCGCCUGCGCCCGCGCUCGCACCAAAGCCCAGUCCCACUCGCAAGCCUCCCCCGAUCGUAUCCAGGCCUCCUGCCCCCUCCCACAGCGCCACUCCCUCUCCUCUGCGGCCCUCAACUCCGCUCAACAACGAGGCCACACCCCAGCGUUAUAUAACCCCCUUCGCUAAAUCACACCGUCGCGCUUUCUCCCUCCUCACACCCUCUCCCUCCAUCGCAUCCCUCGCCUCCGCAUCCACCGGCCCUGCCCCCGCCGCCCCUCGCU